UUGUUAUUCACAAAAGGGAAUGUGACUGCUGAGGAGCUUCUGUAGUUUUCGGUGUCUUGGCAUAGGCAAUUGUAUUUAGACAAUCAGCAGUGUGGUUUAAUUCAGUGGGCCCCAGCCUAGGAGGAAAACCCCUUGAUAGUAGGGUGGCUGGAACAGAGAGAGAAUGAACUGCCUACAAUAACAGAUUCUGCACAAGCCCUCCCUCUUCUUCUGCUACGACGUAUGGGAUCACAAAGAAAAUUAUCUAUAUCCUCUGAGACAUUUGGGUUUCUUUCUUUUCUCCUUUCCUAAGAAAAGGCAGGAUCAAUCUGGUCUAGAAAAAAAUAUAAUUCACAGGUGUGUACAUUACAGUACACACAGAAAAAAACAUGUCAGCAGACUGAGGGGAAUCCUGUACUAGAAGAAGAGACUCUAGCUUCCAGAGACCUGGAAUAAUAGUAAAGACCAAAGUACACCACCUUAAAAUAAAACAUGACAAACAAUGGGAAACCAACAGGAAGCUGUACUACCAGUCAGGACACCAGACUGUUUUUAAGUAGUGUGAGAACUGAAGAGUUUUCACAUCUGCUCCAGCAAAAGAGGAUUCUCUGGAGCUGUUUAAAGCGGGAGACAGAAAGACCUUGGCAGGUGUGGUGUGAAGGCUUCUCUCAAAUAUAUAGAAAAGGCACAGGAAAAACCACAAAGGUGCUGCUGAAAUUCAAACCAGCAACCACAGGCCAAUCAGAUGCAGGUGCUGUCCUAUCAAUAGUGCAUAGGAAUGACAUUUGACUGUUCUCCUGGAUUAUAGGCCCUUGUACCACAUGAACCCAAGCAGCCAUUUGUUUUGACCACAAAUUAUGCGCUGUUUCGCCUCAGCUCUUUAAACCAUAUAUGAUUUCUCUUCAUUGUCUUUUACUGUCAUGAAGGACAAGUUCCUGUUACAAAACUGAAGGUCACACACUUCAUCACUUCUGGUAGCUGACAUCAUUGUGCUGUCUCCUACACCUCUUCCUUCUGUGUCACUUUCUCCUCCCCCCCCACUUUCAUUUCCCCCAUUUUCUUCCCCACACUGCCAAUGGCAAGCAUUUUCCCCAUUCCUCUUUCCUCCAUACCACGCAUUUUGGGUGAUUGUCCUGUCCUUUGUACCGCGGGGGCUUUGUGUUCCUCCCAUGGAGUACCUUGUGUGCACUAAUCUUGCACCACAUCACCUUCUCUGGAAAACAGAGAUCUGUCAUGGCAUGCUUCUUGUUGUCACAGGCUGUGAAGCCCACAGAAGUCCUUGCACCAGUCCAUGGGAAAAGCAUCAUGGAGGUCUGCAUAUCCUUCCUUUAUGCUAUGAUACUUCUCCCAGGUAUUGCUGCCAGUGUGCAUCAGGUGAAGUCAUUUCUCAAUCACACUGCAUACCUAUCCUGCUAUUUUCCAAACUCUCAGAAAACUGACUUAAAGGAUUUAAGAGUUUUUUGGCAAAAAGACACUGUUGAAGUGGUGCACGAAGUAUACUAUGGCCAAGAAAAACAUGAUAACCUUAGUCCUAAAUAUAUAAAUCGCACCAAGAUGGAUAUGGACAAAUGGACCUUGCAGUUGCUAAAUGCAGGAGUUAUGGAUGAGGGACAGUAUAAAUGUAUUAUACAGCACAGAGAUAAAGGCUCGCCAAAGGUCAUACACACGUCUGAGUGCUUACUGCGCAUUAUUGCCAACUAUAGUCAACCUGAGAUAGAAUGGCUGCACAGUGGGGAACUAAAGCCCAACGAACCCUUGAAUCUUUCCUGUUCUUCCAGCGGAGGUUAUCCAAAGCCCAAGCAGAUGACUUGGUUGAUUUCACACAAAAACACAACAGAAGGGGCUAUGGGUCACACGGAUGUCUCACAAGACGCUGUAACAAAGCUGUACAGUGUUACCAGCCAGCUGAAUAUCACAGUUCCUACAAACACUCUCACUAAUAUUAGCUGCUUGCUUCACCUUGGAGAGCAGCUGGGGAGCCUUGUCUCAGUGCCACUAAGCAUAGAGAUACAAGUGAAAGAAAUGGAGCAAGUGAAAAUAAAUUUCUUUGGCCCACUUAUAGCUGUGACUAUAAUCAUCAUACUUCUUCUGGGUUUUGUGAUAUUGAAGAAGAACAGAAGUAUCUCAUCUACCAAUCAGAGUGUCAGCCUAGAAGUCUAGAAGAUACCCAACUUGAAACUGAGGCCAUCAGCCAGACUGCUGACUGUGAGCCAUUUCUGCACGUAGCAAGGCUUGAGGGCUCAUGUUCUUAGAUGUCCUGCCAGAACAAGAAUCCUCCCCAGGUACCCUACAGAACAACAUGCAACACUUUUGUCUGAUGGCUGAAAUCCACUCUCCAGUGUUUAAUGCUUUUAGUUUUGUUCCAGAAUGAUAGUAAAUACGAUGCUCUGCCUAUCUGCGUGACUUUUUUUGCUGUAUCUUACAUUAUGCACUGUGACAUUGUAAAAUUCUGAGGAUCAAUGAAGAAAGCAGAGCUGUGUGGGUUACAGAAGAGAAUGUCUCAGAAAUAGAAGGAGUUAGGCCACAAUCUGUGAUUCAUAACCAUUAUUGGAAAUAUGGUCAGAGGCAGAUUAUUAAUCACAAGCCAUAAAUGCUUUUGGCACAGCCAAUGUGACUUUGUACCAGUAACUUUCUUGUAAAGUUCCACAGCAGAAAGAGGAACUUGAGGGCACUUCACAAUUUCUCACAACAUGAGAGAAAUCAUACAAUUCCUAUCAGGGAUUUGAAACUAGAAAUCACCUGAAAGAAAGACAUGCUUUAAUAGUAAUUUCUGUUUAUCUUAUUUGGUUUUUUACUACCAUCCAUGCUUAAUAUGCCCAGACAGUUAGUACCUCAACGCUUUGUUCUUUCUCUAUGCUGACUGGAUGCUGUAAUAGUUGUUUGGGUGGAUGCAGGGAUAGAAAAUGAAAGCAUGAGGUAUUACAUAUAUGUGUAUAAACCUAAACAUAUGAAAUUAAACUAAGCAGCUAAUGGGUACAUAUUAUAUAAGUAGGACACAUUCUGAUUUGGUUGUAUAUGUUCUCCCUUUUAAAAAUAUUCCUUCAAACUUUAAGGACAGAUCAAUCUGUACUCUCUGGUACGCUCGGCUACAGGAAGAUUCUCUCUUUCACUCGGAAUGUUCCUGUUACCCAAUCUUGAAGGAUCUCUGCACUUUAUAUUCUUCAACAGCACUGACAUCUUUCUGGAGGAAGAAUACAGCAGAAUUGAGACAAAAUUCUUCUGAAGUCUUGAUUGUUUGUAGGUCUGACAUUUUCAGCAAGGGCAGGGAUAUUAGCAUCACAUUAUCAAGACAAAUUUCAGCUCAAAAUUGCAGUCUGUGGACUCUACAAUUCUCUACAGUUUCUGCUGAGUACAAAUAUUCUUUUCGGUUAAAUAAUUCUGUAAGUUGCUAGAUUCCACCUCAAUUUUUACCCCAUUUUCAAGUGUGUGAAAGAAUGUACGUGUCCUUUUGAGUUAGCUAAACCGUUUGGGAGUCAGUUUAUUAAGCUGUUACACUUAACAUUCCAAAUAUUUUCAUUCAGAUUAAUAUAAUUCAGAUUUAAUUAAAAUUUAAUGGUUUUAUUUUUAUGUAAA